AUGUCGACCUUCGAGGCACUUGUUGGCGACCUCACUAGAGAUGUUACGCGUGCACAGCCAAAAGACACGCUCCAAUUUUGUGCGAAUUGGUUUCAGUCGAGGCUGGAAGAACAACGUGCUAGGACACGCGAUUUACUCUCACAACGACCGAUAAGAGAUGUGGCCAGCGACCUUUAUGUCGACCAGCCACUCGGCAAUGGUCCACCCCCAGUCUCCCCCUUCUCUCACGCGCCCCCAGUCCACCGCUCAUCGCUGCGCAACAGCACCUCAGCCAGUCCGUUUGGCACUCUCAACGUCCCAGGCAAUGCCCUUCUCUCCGAUGGCCCACCCGUUUUCCAGAUCAGUGACCACCACGUCGCCCCAACUUCGCCGUUUGCCAGCUUCGAUGGCAAUGCUUUGCACCCACCAGGCGACUAUCUCCAUCCACCCAACUCUGCAAUUCUCGCUCGACGAACAUCUGUCUCUGCGGAAUCAAUUGCCGUGACUGAAGACAACGGCGAGCCACUGCCUGUCUUCUCCAAAUCUGACGACCAGCUUCGUCGAAUAAAGGCGUCUAUCGCAACCAACCUAAUCUUCCGGGAUCUGGACGAGGAACAAGAGACUGGGGUACUCAAUGCGAUGCAGGAAAAAACCACGAACAAGGAUGAGGUGGUAAUACGACAAGGAGACGAGGGAGAAUACUUUUAUGUGGUCGAAUCGGGAUUGUUACAUUGCUACAUUCGACCCGAGCCACUACCGCCAACCUGGGCGAGAGCUUCGCAGACCCUGGCACCCGAGGAGAUGUUCAUCCAACCUGGCUACCACCCAGAGUUUGGUAAGCAAGUCGCAGAGUGUACGCCUGGGACAUCAUUCGGAGAACUUGCGUUGAUGUAUGGCCACCCACGAGCCGCGACAGUCAUGUCCAUCGAGCCGUCAACAUUGUGGGCGCUGGAUCGGAUCACGUUCAGAACCAUCAUCCUCAAGGCCGCGCAUCGGAGGAGGACGAUGUACGAGCAGUUCUUGUCCACGGUCACACUGUUGUCUUCGCUGGAUGGCUCAGAGCGGAGCAAGAUCGCUGAUGCAUUGGUUAGCCGCGUUUAUGCGGAUGGAGAGGCGGUUGUUAGGCAGGGAGAAAUGGGCGACACGUUCUUCUUUGUUGAGGAGGGAGAGGCCAUCGCAACAAAGACACAAUCUGACGACAAUGGAGACAUACGCGAGAUCCAAGUGGGGCAUCUCAAAAAGGGAGAUUACUUCGGAGAACUCUCUCUACUUCGUCUUGCUCCUCGCGCUGCGACGGUCAGCGCGGUGAUUAGAGAAGAAGACAGUCGGCUUCCGAAACUAAAAGUUGCUGCACUGGAUGCUCCAGCAUUCACUCGAUUGUUGGGACCGUUACGAGAGAUCAUGGAGCGCAAGGCUGGCGAGCGGUAUGGGCGGGUAACUCGUUGA